AUGCGAGGUUCAGUACCCUCUCCUCGAGUCACCUGGCUUCACAACCCGUCUCCAUUACAACGACAAUCUCCACAUGUGAGGUUCAGUACCCUCUCCUUGAGUCGCUUGGCUUCACAGCCCAACUCCAUUACAACGGCAAGCUCCGAAUGCAAGCGGCAAGCUCCACAUGCGAGGUUCAUUACCCUCUCCUUGAGUUGCCUGGCUUCUCAACCUAACUCGAUUACAGCGGCAAGCUCCGCAUGCAAGCGACACGAUCCGCAUGCAAGGUUCAACACCCUUGCCUUGAGUCGUCUAACUUCUCAUAUCGACUCCAUUAUAGUGGCAUGCUCCACCAACAAGGCUCAAAGGCUCGCAACCUUUGCCUAUAUGAAUCCACGCGAUGCUUUCCCGUGUAAUAUACUUACGAUCACUGGCAACCAAGCCCAAUCCAUUACACGCGAUGCUCUCCCAUGUGAUGUAUCAACGAUCACUGGCAGCCAAGCCCGAUCCAUUCUGUCUGAUGCUCUCCUGCGUAACAUCUCCUUGAUCGUCGGCUGCUAA